AUGGGAGCAAAGGGUAAGCCACCUGAAACGCCAAUCAAAGGAUUUAUUCCAAGGGUGAAAAAUAUAGUCAUUCAGCAUUUUAGAGGUAUCCUUGGAGUUUUAGUCCCCAUACUGCUUUUAUCCUGGCAGUUAAAUUUGAAAACCGCGAGUGUUACCGCCGUCCAUAUUUGGAUAUUGAUGUUUUGCUUUUUUCUCUUCCAACCAGUCAGCAUUCAAGUGACUGGGAUGAUCCCUAUAUUUGCAUUCCCAAUGAUGGGUUUAUAUCCAACUGUACAAGUGGUGAAAAUGUAUUUCAACGAAGGCGUAGCUUUAUUUAUAAUAGCUGGUAUGCUUCACUUGUUGCUGAACAAUUCUGGGUUUGAUAGACGGAUUAUUCUGGCUAUCUUGUGUGCGGGGAAAGCGAAAUCAGGCUUUACGCCUAUAAAACUGCUUUGUAAAUGCUCGUGUGCUGGAUUUUUAAUGUCAAUGUUUUGCCACAGACUUAUAGUCGCUUCGACGUUAAUUCAGUAUAUAACUCCAAUAUUGAUGGAGGCACAGGUAAAAAAUAUAAAUAAAAAAAAAGGUAAGGCCGCGGAAUUCACAAAGUUGAGAUAUGUCAUCAAUAAUUCUAUUCAGAUAUCAUGUGCCCUAGGGGGUAUAGUCAUUGUUCAUGCGUCUUACUGUACCCUGGCGUACAGAGCGAUAUUUUACGGAUCAGUUAAGGACGUGCAAUGGCCUGAAUUGCUUAAUUAUUUGCGAUAUACCGCUUUCGCACUUCCUCUUGCGCUAAUAAUAUUUGUGCUGAAUCUCAUUUACCAUAUCAUACUUCUUAAAAUACGUGCAAAACCUGUUCCUGAAUAUAAAAUGACUCUAUUUAGAACGAAUUUAAUAAAAUAUAAAUCCCAAAUCCCAUCAAAAAUAACAAACCACGAAAAGCUGACAAUAAUUUUUGAAAUAUUAGCAUUAGCAAUGUUAUUUGGACGCUACAUAGACAUAAAUAGUGGAGCUGGAUGGAAUAAAGUUAAUCCAAAUUGGAGCUCGGCAAAUGAUGCAACAGUUGCUGCAAUAUUCGUAGUGAUGUUACACGUACUUCCGAGAAGUUGUACUUUCGUUAAAAAAAAAGUCAACUUCCUCCUACAAAGCCCGAGUCAGCAAUAUUGUUCUGGCGAUUUGUUGAUAAAAACACAAAUUAUGGCUAUUUCUUUGUAA